CGGCGCCCCAGGAGGAAGCCAGCAGCAGCAGCAGCAGCAAAUAGCAGCAGCAGCAAAUAGCAGCAGCAGCGGCCGCGUCCGUGCGCCCUGAUCCCGGAGCGUCCGCCGGGCUAUGCGGGUCGGCUUCGCGUGGCUCCUGCUGCACCCCGCGCUGCCCGGCUCCGUCCGCCACCUUCUCGGCGCCCACCCGCCGUGCCCCAAGCGCCUGAGUGGUUUCCAAAAAACAACUUACAGCAAAAUGAAUAACCCAGCUAUCAAGAAGCUAGGAAAUCACAUUAUCAAAUCUCCAGAAGACAAGCGAGAAUACCGUGGACUAGAGCUGGCCAAUGGUAUCAAAGUACUUCUCAUCAGUGACCCCACAACGGAUAAGUCCUCAGCAGCCCUUGAUGUACACAUAGGUUCAUUGUCAGACCCUCCGAAUAUUGCUGGCUUAAGUCAUUUUUGUGAACAUAUGCUGUUUUUGGGAACAAAGAAAUACCCUAAAGAAAAUGAAUACAGCCAGUUUCUCAGCGAGCAUGCAGGAAGUUCGAAUGCUUUUACUAGCGGAGAGCAUACCAAUUACUAUUUUGAUGUUUCCCACGAACACUUAGAAGGUGCACUAGACAGGUUUGCACAAUUUUUUCUGUGUCCCUUGUUUGAUGAGAGUUGCAAAGACAGAGAGGUGAACGCAGUUGAUUCAGAACAUGAGAAGAAUGUGAUGAAUGAUGCCUGGAGACUCUUCCAGUUGGAAAAAGCUACGGGAAAUCCCAAACACCCAUUCAGCAAAUUUGGGACAGGUAACAAAUAUACUCUUGAGACUAGACCAAACCAAGAAGGUAUUGACGUAAGACAAGAGCUACUGAAAUUCCAUUCCACUUACUAUUCAUCCAACUUAAUGGCUAUUUGCGUUUUAGGUCGAGAAUCUUUAGAUGACCUAACAGAUUUAGUGGUAAAGUUAUUUUCUGAAGUAGAGAACAAAAAUGUACCAUUGCCAGAAUUUCCUGAGCACCCUUUCCAAGAAGAACAUCUUAAGCAACUUUACAAAGUAGUACCCAUUAAGGACAUUAGGAAUCUUUAUGUGACAUUCCCCAUACCUGACCUUCAAAAAUAUUAUAAGUCAAAUCCUGGUCAUUAUCUUGGUCACCUCAUUGGACACGAAGGUCCUGGAAGUUUGUUAUCAGAACUGAAAGCAAAGGGCUGGGUAAAUACUCUUGUUGGUGGACAGAAGGAAGGAGCUCGAGGAUUCAUGUUCUUUAUAAUUAAUGUGGACUUAACUGAAGAAGGGUUAUUACAUGUUGAAGAUAUAAUUUUGCACAUGUUUCAAUACAUUCAGAAGUUACGUGCAGAAGGACCUCAAGAAUGGGUUUUCCAAGAGUGCAAGGACUUGAAUGCUGUCGCUUUUAGGUUUAAAGAUAAGGAGAAACCACGGGGCUAUACCUCUAAGAUUGCAGGAAUUUUACAUUACUACCCCCUAGAAGAAGUCCUCACUGCUGAAUAUCUACUAGAAGAAUUUAGGUGCGACUUAAUAGAAAUGGUUCUCGAUAAACUCAGACCAGAAAAUGUCCGGGUUGCAAUAGUUUCUAAAUCCUUUGAAGGACAAACUGACCGCACAGAAGAGUGGUACGGAACCCAAUAUAAGCAAGAAGCCAUCCCUGAAGAUGUCAUCAAGAAAUGGCAAAAUGCUGAUCUGAAUGGAAAAUUUAAACUUCCAACGAAAAAUGAAUUUAUUCCUACGAAUUUUGAGAUUUUACCGUUAGAAAAAGAAGCAACACCAUACCCUUCUCUUAUCAAGGAUACAGCCAUGAGCAAACUCUGGUUCAAGCAAGAUGAUAAGUUUUUCCUGCCCAAGGCUUGUCUCAAUUUUGAAUUUUUCAGUCGCUACAUUUAUGCUGAUCCUCUCCAUUGCAACAUGACAUACCUGUUUAUCAGGUUAUUGAAGGAUGAUUUAAAAGAGUAUACAUAUGCAGCACGCCUUUCAGGUUUGAGCUAUGCCAUUGCAUCAGGAAUGAAUGCAAUACUUCUAUCGGUGAAAGGAUACAAUGAUAAACAGCCAAUUUUGCUAAAGAAGAUUAUUGAGAAAAUGGCCACCUUUGAGAUCGAUGAAAAAAGAUUUGAAAUCAUCAAAGAGGCGUAUAUGCGCUCUCUCAACAACUUCCGGGCUGAGCAGCCCCACCAGCAUGCCAUGUACUACCUCCGCUUGCUGAUGACUGAAGUGGCCUGGACGAAAGAUGAGUUGAAAGAAGCCCUGGAUGAUGUCACCCUUCCUUGCCUUAAGGCCUUCAUUCCUCAACUGUUAUCUCGGCUACACAUUGAAGCCCUCCUCCAUGGAAACAUAACAAAGCAGACUGCAUUAGGAAUCAUGCAGAUGGUUGAGGACACCCUUGUUGAAUAUGCCCAUACCAAACCUCUCCUCCCAAGUCAGCUGGUACGCUAUAGAGAAGUUCAGCUGCCUGAUAGAGGUUGGUUUGUUUAUCAACAGAGGAAUGAAGUUCAUAACAACUGUGGCAUUGAGAUCUACUACCAGACUGACAUGCAGAGCACCUCAGAGAAUAUGUUUCUGGAACUCUUCUGUCAAAUCAUCUCUGAGCCAUGCUUCAACACCCUGCGCACCAAGGAGCAGCUAGGCUAUAUUGUCUUCAGUGGACCACGAAGAGCCAAUGGCAUUCAAGGAUUAAGAUUCAUCAUUCAGUCGGAAAAGCCACCUCAUUACCUAGAAAGCAGAGUAGAAGCUUUCUUAAUUACCAUGGAAAAAGCCAUAGAGGACAUGACAGAGGAAGCCUUCCAGAAGCAUAUCCAAGCACUAGCAAUUCGUCGCCUAGACAAACCAAAGAAACUGUCAGCAGAGUGCGCUAAAUACUGGGGGGAAAUCAUCUCACAGCAGUACAACUUUGACAGAGAUAAUACAGAAGUUGCGUAUUUAAAGACACUUACCAAGGAAGACAUCAUCAAAUUCUACAAGGAAAUGUUGGCAAUCGACGCCCCCAGGAGACACAAGGUUUCCGUUCAUGUUCUUGCCAGGGAAAUGGAUUCUUGUCCUGUAGUUGGGGAGUUCCCGUGUCAGAAUGAUAUAAACCUGUCACAAGCCCCAUCCUUGCCACAACCUGAAGUGAUUCAGAACAUGACUGAGUUCAAGCGUGGUUUGCCACUGUUUCCCCUUGUAAAACCACAUAUCAACUUCAUGGCUGCGAAGCUCUGAAGAUUCCUCUCCAGUGAACGGAAGUACAAGAGGAUGAACUCGUGGUCAACACUAGAAAAAGAAGUUUUGGCUAUGUGACUAGUUCUGGUUCACUGUUAGAGAUACAAACUGAAAACGUUGUCAAGGGUCAUUAAUGUAGAAGUAUUAAAGUUCCAGCAUUAAAAAAAAAAUCACAAAAUCUUAUAGAUAUAAAUAUUUUAAAUACAUGGCUCUUAAAUAUUAAAAAAAAAUAUUUGUUUUCAUGAUGAAAAGAAAUUUUCUUUAUAUAACUGCUUAAAAUGAUGAAUGAUAUUAAGGUAGAAUCUCCUUGCCCUAUUCUGUAAAAUAGUCCAUUUGUCAGAAGAUAAGAAGUUAGCUCUUUUCUAAACACCUUCUAGGUUGACAGAAAAGGCUUCAGAACAUUUAGAAAGGUUACCCCUUUGUUAAAAAUUGAUCCUCAAAUUUGCCCUCUAUUUGGUGGUUUCAUGUAAAUCAGUGAAGACAUCACAUCUGGCAGAUAAUGAACAAAGCAAUGUAAUUGUCUUUUGCUAGUGCUAUUCCUGAUUAUAUAAAGCAUAGUUUUAAUCUUUUUAUAAAAUCAGAACUUUUUUAUUCAGACUAGAAAAAAUGCUGAAAAACCUUAGAACACACCCUACUUAUUUACAGUACUAUAAACGCAGACUUACACCUUACAUCAAUUUUGUCCCAAACCGAAUUUCUCAGGAUUAUUGUGAUUUUUUUUUCCCUUUCUGAUUGAUUUAUCUAUUGACAUUCUUGUUCAUAGUUGGUUUGCAGUGUUCCCAUUACAUCCUUCUUCCUAUCAACCACAGACUAUAAUUAAGAAGUAUCUGUAAGGUUGACUUUAGAUCCCUCGGUGUAUGACAUGCUUCUCCAGCAUCAACUCUUCCAAACACCUGUAACUCUACUGCCAUGAACUUGCUCUCAGAAUAUGAAAAUGCAUUCAAAAUAUUUGCCCCAUUGUGAAUUUAAAAGGUAACGAGUACAAAGCCACUUUUUUUGAGGUAUAAAAAAAUAAAGCCUUGAAUUCUUUAAUAGCGUGAUCUCCAUAGACUUAAAUCCCUCUGCUACCAGUCUAAUCUUGCCUUAAGUGUUGUUUUUUUGAAUAUAUAAAUAUAAACAUACAAACACAGAUGAUGACUGGAAUAGACUUUUAAAAAUAUUUUUUCAUGAGAUACUAUUUUAGAUUAAAAACUGUAGAUUUAACAACUGUUUUUGGGAUAUUUACUGCUUUCAGAGAAAUUAUGAGUAAACUUCCACACACAGGCACUCAUAAAGUAACAAUGGCCUGUUGUCCACUAACUCAGGCAGUUAAGAAUGGCAUUUUCAAAUAACAUUCACCUCCAUGUGACUUGAUUUGACUUUUUUUUUUAAUCUAGUCAUGUCUUUUCACAUCUUAAGUUUCACAUUUGCCAUCUUCCAAACAUUCGAAAUUUGGGGCAAGAAUGAUAUAAUUACUAUGGAGGCUGCUUUCCAAAAAUGGGGCUCCAUUUCUGCUGUCAGACUAUGUGGUGCUGUAACUGUCUUUUUAUUCCCACCUUCAAAAGCUUCUUGUCGGAAGCCUGUCUCAGUCCGUCAGAAGGUGUGUGAAUCAUCACUUCCUUCUGGUUUUAUGCAUUUGUAGACUAUGCAGUUUUUUUCAUCCAACUGCAAGUACAGACAGAAGUGAUCCAACAUUAGUCCUGAGUGUCUGAGUCUGCCUCUAGAAGAGUCAAUAGUCCACCUACCUUUUCUGUGAAAAAUUAUGUGCUCAUGUAUAACUGGGCGCUUUUUUUAAAAAUUGGACGAAAUUUAAACGUCAUUUUGAUGGAGUCACAUGAAGAAAUUCAGAAAGGAAUCCCAGGAACCCAUAGAGGUUUUUCAGUGUACCCCAGCAUUGUGCAGCUUCACACUUAGAUUGAGAGCCACUGUUGGAUCACUCAUGCAACUUAAUGGAUUUAUUUCAAUGGGCCCAAGCUGCAGUCCUUAAGCAAUAACAGACCCUCUCCCACCCCCAAUACUACUGUUCAUGGAACAGCUUAGUCAAGGAAUUUUGUGAAACAAAUUAAAACUAUUAGUUACCUGGGACUUUUUAAAAGAAGUCUUUGCUAGUUAAUGUGGAAUACCGAGCAUGUGACACAGCGUGUGGUGGAGUCUAGGGUAAUCCUGUUUACAAUAAAUCACCUGAAUUCAACCUC